UCGCCAACCCGCAUGCGCCCGCGAGCCGGGGUAGGGGGGCCGGGAGCCGGCAGGACGGCCGCGGUUUGCCGGCUUUACGCAUGUGCAGCCCGGCGGGGAGGCGGACGCGCGUUAAAGGGAAGAGGCCGGUAUGGUUGAAAACUCUCCAGCCCCGUUGCCAGAAAGGGCGAUAUAUGGAUUUGCCCUUUUUUUAGGAUCGUGGUUUGGCUUUAUGUUGUAUCUUAUCUGGGCAUAUGUUCCUGAGACUUGGCUGUUUUCCUUGGGACUAACAUACUGGCCUCAAAAAUACUGGGCAGUUGCUUUGCCAGCGUACCUUCUAGUUGCUAUAGGAAUUGGUUAUGUAUUACUUUUUGGUAUUAACAUGAUGAGUACAGCUCCACUUAACUCCGUAGAUACCAUUACAGAUAACUAUGCAAAAAAGCAGCAACAGAAGAAAUUUCAAGAAGAUGCAAUCCCAGCAUUGAGGGAUAUUCCCAUCAGUGAAGUAAACAGAAUGUUUUUCCUUCCUGAAAAAGGAAUCUGCAAUAGCAGAUAGUCGUUAUUAAGAUCUGUGUGAAUAAAGGAUUAGCAGAAGUGUUACAUAAGGAAAAUCAAAACCUCUCAAACUAAAAAAACCUACCCUCUUUCUGGUUGUGGAACAGAGCUUUAUUUUUUUCUGAAUUUCUAACAAAAUCUGUGUUAACAUGUUUCAUUGAGAUGGCUUGAAUUUAUUAUUAUGCAUGCAGCUUAAUAACCUGCAUUGGUAUGAGAAUUAAUGCCACAUUAGUUUAUCUAACCAUUCUUAUAAGUUUAAAUAUAGCUUUCUAUUACUUUUAGUUUUCUGCUUGUAAUUUCCCUUUGAGAGUGAAAAAAUUUGCUUUUGGACAUAGUUUAAUUCUAUUUCCCUUUGAAUUCAGCACGAGAAAAUGUCUUCUUGUCCAAUGCUUGAGGAUCUUUUUUUGUUUUUUACAAGGUAUGUUACUUUGAUGUGUCUGCAUUGUAAAUAUACAGUUUUCAUUUGUAAAUAUUAAUAAAAUGUGAGUAAUUUUUA